CUUCAUACACAACAAGGCUAAUGAGUUAACCGCACACUCUUCCUGUAUGAAUUUGUCGGAGAGAUUAGUGCGACGCUCAUUGAACAUCGCUACCUUAACAGUAUGCCGACAAUAGGGUGAUAUACGUUUGAGAAAAAGAUGGACACUCGCAAACAUGAAUGUUAAGAGCAGUUCAUUGCGACGCUGAGUUCAGACUUCGUUGGUAAGAUCGCUAAGAUUUAAGCUAAGCUACAUGUUAACGCUACCCAGACCAGAGGAGUCUCUCUGUGCAGCUGGCACAGCUGAUUAACUUACAGGAAUAGCUGACUUGUUUGGGGCCGAAACAAACCAGUCUUUGCAAAGAUGGCGUGGUUCAAUCACGUCAGUCAAGGCUUAAAUCAGCAGCAGCAACCCAUAGACAGCGACAGACUCACAGCCACAGACAUGCUGACCUCCAGGCUCAGGGGUCCAGCAGAGGGAUCCCCAACCAUGGCGACGCAACACUGGACCGGGUGCCCCACUCCCAGUCCGGAGGACUUUCCAUCGGCUCCACAGGGUGUAGUCAGCCCUCCCAGCCUUCGGAACCUGUCCUGCGCUUAUCCGGGCGCGGGUAGGGUCAGAGAGCCGGAGCCCAUCUCCUAUGUGAGCCUCCAGGAGCAGCGGUGCGUCCUGAGCUGGUUCCAGGUCUGGAACGCCAGUCAGAGGGAGCGGUUCUUGCAGGACCUUCUGGGGAAAGCUGUACCUGGGAAAGUGUGCACCCUCCUAGAUUCACUCAGCACUCUUGAGGUUAAAGACAGACUACCAAACAUCUAUGAAUGCCAACUGCGCCUGUGGACCCAGUGGUUUGAGUCUUGGGGAGAGGAGGAGAGGAAUCAUUUCCUGCACAUACUGGAACAGCAGGACCCAGUUUUUGUUGGCCACUUUUACACAAGCGUAGCUGGUACAUCAGGGAGAGACUGACUAAUGUUUGCAUUGUGAUGGAAAGGAAAGUGAUCAUAAUGAAAUGUGUUAAGAGGUGACACUUGUUUGUAAAUGUGUAUUGAAACUGAGGUAGGUCUCUUCAGAUAAAUGUUUGUGUAACUGCGAUAGGAUUUAUUGUUGCCAUUUCAUUGUAAGAACACACGUGUUCAAUUCAAUAUGAGCUGUUUUUGAUCAGUUUCAUACACCGGUUUGUCCAGGGCUGCAUCACACACCACUUUUCAUUUCAGUUCAGAACUUUUUGUUUAAUGCUUCUGUCAUGGGCGAAGCUCUACCAUCUAAUGACCUCGGCCUAGUGAUUGAAACACGUGGAAUGACAUGGACAAGAGGACAAAUUCUCUUAUAAUAAACAAAAUGCAUCAUUGUACAUUUGUUGUUUUUUUAAUAUUCAGCAGCAGCAGUAACAAAUAUGUCUGAGAACUACUCGAGGGAUUGUUUUAUGACCUACUGAGAUUACCGUAAAUUAGAUACAUGGCUGUGAUUUGACACAGAACAAAACAUAACUUGCCUUGUUCUCUAUUUUAUCCAGUCGACCGAUCCAGGAGGAAGUGACACUAUUGGUGUCUGACUUUCAACAUCCUCGACACACAAAUUGAUAAAUGGAUAGAUUUUGCCAGUAAACCUUUGACCUACAAAUGAGUACAUAUGAGACCUGGCACCAGCGUCGUAGAAUGAGAUCAUUCCCUUUUUGUAGUCCAGCAGAAUUCCAAGUGUAAGAGGUAGCGUCUGGACCGGAAUACCAACGACACUCCUAUCGAUAGCUCUGUACUGACCCUGUCUGUUCAGGACUACAGUCCAGAAACCAUUUGUCGGAUUGAAUAUUAUCGCUCCCUUUCUUUGAGAAGAUUCACUGGCCAUCCCAAGGUGGUAACAGAGCUUCCCAGCUACAGACACCUCCCAGUAAUGUCUGCCAGUUGAGAAGCCGGUUGUGCCAAGGAUGGCGAGACUCACAUCAAACCGGCCCGGAUGGUCGGGGACAUCUUGUGUUACAUCAGAAGUGGUUAUCUCGGUGUUACCCACAGACAGAGCUAUUCUUGGGUGCGCUGUGUUUGGAUCCAAGGUCACCCGCCCUGUAAAACCGAGAAAUGUAGUCGAUCACGUGUAUCUUUACAUCACAUCUUUGAAAGGAAGCUGACAUUAAGAAGUUUAAAGCAGUCCUCCAGUGAUUUAGUAUGUCACUUCCAUAAAGUUCAGGGAGUCACAAGUGACAUGAAAAAAACAAAAAUGGUCAAAAUUAAGGCAGCAGCUGCUGAGACAUCCUGACUUUUGGUCCUUAGCCGGGGUCAACCCCAUAACACAGGAUUGGACUACAAUUCCCAUGAUGCAAUACUGGCAUCUUUCAUUCCCCGUCUUCCAAACUUUUAUUUUCCCAGACUUGAUAAAGCUCAUCCAGAGCCCGAAAAGACAUUACACAACCAUUUGCACAGGCUGAGUAGUGCCGUACUAGGUACUGACCUUUACGUGUUUAAGUCCUGCAUACAGUUAGAUUCAUAUCCAACAAGUCUGCUUGUGUGUAGGAUUGUAUAUAUAUUUCUCAUAACACUUAUGUAGUUUGAAAAUGCAUCAUGUAGGAUUUAAACGUUGAUUCUAAACAGAAAUAUCCCAAAUAUCUGGAGACCGGAAGAUUCCAAGAAAUGAAAUGAAUUCUUGUGUGUGACUCACUGGCAGAGAUCGUCUUAUCUUCCACAUCCCUCAGUUUGGCUUGAAGCUCUGAGGAGAAAGAAAGGAUAUCAUGUUGUUGUUUUUUUGGUCAUUUUUGGGAGGGGGUGUUACAUUUACACAGUGUAUUCUCUGCACUUUGCUGAACAGAACUUAUAGUUACCUUGUACACUGUCUUCAAGUUUGUUCUUCUCAUUUUGAGAUGUUGAUGUUCAAAAAGUACAUCAAACGACACACCUGAUCUAAAGGGUACAGGAUCCCACCAUCACACUGGCUGCUUUAAGUUAACCCGUCCUUGAACAUGACUGAAUGUACUGAUUACUGUCUGAACUUACUGCUGUAUUCAUGCUGCCGUGUGUUGUUCUCCCUGUUCUGUUCCUUUAACUCCCGCUGCAGCUGUUUGAGGGUGGCCUCCUUCUUGUGCAGCUGCUGCUGCAGGCGAUCCGCAUCCUCCUGGCUCUGUUGCAGUUGUCUUUGCAAAUCUGUUUGAUGACAUAUUCAGUUUAAAAAAAACGACAUCAAAUGACUCCCUGUAUCUCAGCUACAGGUAUAGAGUGAUAAUGGGCUCGUAUCGAGGAUCUCACCGUCACACUGGGUGUUGACGUCAUCAGCGCAGCACAUUUUCAGUUCCUUGACCUCUUGCUUUAAGUCUGACAGAGGAAGGAGGUGGAAACACGGACAUUUAUCAAACAACAAGUUUUAGAGGUAUAGCUCAACAUUCGCUUUCUUGCCGAGAGACAGAGUGUAGAUCAAAGCCAGUUAGCUUAGCCAGGUUAAAAACACAACACAGUUUGUUACCUUUUGGACAGACCCAAGCUAGCUGUUUCCCCCUGUUCCCAGUCUUUGUGCUAAGCUAAGCUAACCGGCUUUUGGAUUUUCUUGCAUACAAACAUGAGUGAGAUCAAUCUUCUCAUCUAACUCUCUGAAAAAAGCGAGUAAGCAUAUUUCCCAAAAUGUUAAAGUGUCCCUUUAAGAAACUGUACAGUACAAACCUUUAUUUGUAUUUUUAAGUCUUUUGUUCUCUCUUUGUUGCGUUUGUAGUAGUUGUUUCAAUUCU